AUGUGGGAAGAAAUUGAGCUAAUACAAGUUGACCUUUCAUCUUCUCUACAGACUGCGUUAAAAAAUAUAGAAGAUAAAAUAAAUUCAUGUUAUGCAAAAUAUGCUGAUGAAUAUGCAAAUACCGAGAGCACACUUUAUGUGAGAAUUGUAUAUGACAAACAAAAUUCACAAGUGUCAUUUCAAAUCUACGAAGACAAUCCAAAGAAAGACGAACAAAUAUAUACAGAAUUCACUGCAAUGUCAUGGUAUUAUUUGCAAAGAAUGUUAAAUCAGAAAGUCGAACUUCCUUUAGCAAAUAUUUACAGUCGAUAUGCAAGAGAUGAACCAUAUUUAUUUAAAGAUGUUUUCGACCCAGCUGCUAUUAUUGUUCAUGCUUCAUUUUCUGGCGCCCAAAACUCUUUCUUAUGCUUGGCAAAUGAUUUUUACGAAAAACCUACAAAGUUAUACGAACCACCAAGUGGAAGUAUUUCAGACUUUCAAGUAUGGUUUACUACAGAUGGAAGAAAAAGAAUAAUUCCAUUAUACCAUGCGUUUUACUUAGAACUUAGUUUCAUAUACAACUACUAUCGAACGGUAAAAAUAUAA